AUGGCUACUCAAGUUAAGCCGGCCACACGAUUUGCUCCAUCAGAUUGGUUUACAUCAAACUACACCAUUUCUACUAAUGCUGAACGCCAGAGAGAAUCUUCACACCAAGUACGACAGGAGUCUAGAUUCCUCCGUAAUGAAACCGACAACAGAACCAAAUGGGACCAACAUGAUAAUAACACUAGGUUAUCUGAUCGAGUAGAUGAUAUAAGAAAAUGGAAGGAAAUUUUAGAAAAAUGUUUGGCUGAUUUAGAUAAGGAAAUUGCUGAUCUGUCAGAAUCUAAAGAGCAAACUGAGCUCGCUUUGGAAGCCAAGAAUGUACCCACAGAUGUUGCAAUUGAGUGCCUAACAAUCCGUGAAGGAAGGCAGGCUAUUGAUUUAGUAUCAGAUGAAGUGGAAGCACAAUUACACAAGGGUGGAAUUGUCCUGAUAUCCUAUAAUGCACAUUAG